AUGUCGGAUAGGUUAGCUGGAACACUGCCAGCUGGAAUUGAUGGGCAUAUUACUGCGCCAGAGGCUCUGCCAGAGUCCGAUGCGGAGCAGUCUCUGAAAGAACCGCAGGCCACGGAAAAUAGAAAUCUUGAGAAAAAAGAUGAUAUUGCCAAUUCGACACAAUCAUCAUCAGCAGCAGCAGGGCGGUGCAAUGGAAAGGAAGAAUUUCAAUACCACUACCUGACUUUCGACACUCCGCUGCCACCUCCUACAGGCAUUUCAGUUCCCAGGCCGGGUCAGCCACGAGCUCCCGAGCAGCCGGAUCUGCGACCAUAUAUUUCCCCAUUUACAUGGCGGAAAUCACGCAAGGGGGUGGUAACCAUGCUAUCAUGCCUUGUUACGACUCUGAGCGCGAUGGCAGCAGGGGCAUAUAGCCCGCCUGAAAAGAUACUCACAGAGAAAUGGAAGAUAAGCGGCGUGGUAUACAAUCUCGGAAUCUCGAUUUUCAGCUUUGGGUUCGCUCUUUCGCCGAUGGUGCUUGCGCCAUUUUCGGAAAUCAAUGGGCGGCGACCAAUGCUUGUGGCCAGUGGGAUACUCUUUUCUGUAACUCAAUUAGGUUGCGCAGUCACGGAUUCUUUUGCUGGCAUGUUGCUCUCUCGAUUGUUUCUUGGUGUUGGAGGCUCAACGUUCUCGUCCAUAAUCGGCGGUGUCCUCAGCGACGUCUACGUGACCGAGGAAAGGAAUACUCCUAUGGCAUUGUUCUCCGGAGCCGUCCUCUUCGGCACGGGCUUCGGCCCCAUGGUUUCCAGUUUCAUUGUUCACCACACUUCCUGGCGCUGGGUAUAUUACUUGCAAACGAUUAUGUCCGCCGUGGUUACGGCGAUGGUUGUGGUUUUCUUUAAAGAAACCCGUGGCAACUUGCUCUUGAGUCGGAAGGCACAAGCGUUGAAUCAGUGGUAUGAACAACUUGAGGAGGCUGGAUAUGUUGGUGUCGAUAUGCCAGUGCUUGGGAAGGACGGGGAAAGCGAGCGACAGAGCCAACGGAUCCGGUGGAAGGUCAAGUCUGAUGAAGAACGAGAGAGUAUAGCUAAGGUGCUUGCAAUAUCGCUUUAUCGACCAUUCCGUAAGUGGGCGAAUGCUCUACCUCCUUUUUACGGAACCGGUGGUAUUUUUCUUCUCACUCUGGGUCUCCUUUAG